AACAAUUACACUUAGUUAGGGGGUUAGGGCCUUCUUAGCUUAGCCUAAUCCCCUCAAGUGUAAUAAUACAUAGGUUUAGUUAAUUUAUCUUUUUAACUUAAACAUUAUACUGUAUUAGGCUUAAUUGAAGUGAACUGUAGUUAUGGAUGUUGGGCUAGGCAUAUAUCCUGUUGUUUUUAUUUUAACCCAAGUGAUUUACAUUUAGCGACAUAUUCCACAAUGUCACUACUUAUACAUACACAAGAGUUUUCAGAAUAUUUUAGAAAUGUCUCCCAAUUUCUUCAAGAAUUUUCGUGGAUUUACAAAACCCCUGUCACCAACCUACUUACCCAAGAUGUUUUCUCUAAAAUACCCAAUGAAUGGAAAGGACAUAUUUUAGAUUUGUCUAUCGAGGAGUUGAAUGAAGUACCACUAGGUUUUAUAAAGGACAGUUCACCGAGGACUCUCCAAAACUUCAUAAGAAAUUGCAAGGAACUAACUCUACCUGAGUUGGCUGGUUUGCCCUUAAAUCUUCCAUCUUGUUCUGAUGAUUGGCUACAGUCAGUGCCUAAAGAAAUAUGGAAGGGAAUGAGCCAGAAAAAGAAACAAGAAGUUCAGUUGAUGUCUGCGUUUGUCCAUAAUGAAUGCAAAGCUUUAGGAAUCAGUAACAUUGUGGAUCUUGGAUCAGGAUUGGGCUAUGUUAACCGUCUAUUACUUCUCCAAGGAUACAAGAUUUUAGGUGUUGAAUCUCAGGAAAAACUUGUUAAUUUUGCAACAACCCUUAAAGACAAGAUAUUUCCUAGUGAAAUAGCAAUGAAGAUAAGUUACAUUAACCUCAAUAUUUGUGAAAAUUCAAUACCAGAGUUGAGAAAUGCUUUGGUAAAAACUUUAAUUACACCGUACAAGGGACAUAGGACUAUGUCAAAUUAUGAAGACAAUGAAGAUAAAAAUAAUUUUAACCAGAAAGAAAAUUUUACAAAAUGUAGAUAUGAAGAAGUGGCUGAAGGCAAUGGGAAGGUGUGCAUGAUCGGUCUACACGCUUGUGGUGACUUGGCAGUUUCUGGUUUAAAGAUGUUUCUGAACCUCCCAGAAGUUUCAGCUCUGGUAAUGAUUCCGUGUUGCUAUCACAAGAUGGCUCUUGAUUCUAAUGUUGAAGUAGAAUCAGGAGUUGAGAAAUUCCACAACAUUCCUCAGAGCCAGUCGCUUGCUAAAGCUUGUGCUGAGGGAGAGAAUUUUAUUUGCCGUUCACUUCUGCGGCUUGCAAGCCAAGGGACAAACUCCAGCUGGAUGAGUUGGAGUGCGGCAGAUCAUCGGCAACAUUCAUUCAACGUUCUCGCCAGAGCCGUUGUUGAGUUGUAUGCUCAAAAAGAAAAUGCCUCAUUUAAGAAGAAUUUUAGAAGAUUGGCAAGGAAGAGUUUGCUGAAAGACCAAAAUUUUUCUAAUUACAUUAGUGAAAUACUUAGCCGCAGUGAGAUGAGAGAUGAAGAUCAAAUGACUGAUUUUGCAAUAGAAAAUGAGAAAAUACACAGCGAACUUUUAUGUCUAUGGGAGCUGCACCAAGACAAGUUACCACUGGUGGAAGUAAUCACAGUACUCCAGAUGUGUCUAGAACCGGUUGUCGAGAGCCUGGUUGUGGCUGACAGAAUCUGCUUCCUUAGAGAGCAAAAUAUCAACAAUGUCAGGAUCGUCAGAAUUAUCGACAACAGAAUAUCCCCAAGAUCCUUAGCUUACAUAGCAUCAAAAUGAUUUGAUAACUUUCAGCAUAAGUUAAUAUAUUAUGACUUGUGACUUAGCUUUCUUCUCGGUCUUUUUGGGCACUAGGAUAGCCUGGAUGUUAGGCAGUACUCCAUCCUGGGCGAUGGUGUUACGGAUUGCCAGCUAGAGGUGACGAGGAAUGUCUAUCCUGGUUGGUCUGAAUAACCUGGCCGUUUUCGGGUCAAAGUGAAUCGAUCAUAAAUUCAUUAAGGCAGAUUGGAUGCGUAGGAGUUUGCAACAAGCGAAUGGAAUUCAAGAUUUCUUGUGGCAGUGGAUCAUAAGUAAGGAAGGUUUGCUGCUUUAGCAAGCUCAAACCUAGAGCAGCUCUGAAUGAGGCGGCUUCGACAGUUAAAUAGGAUUCAAGACUCUUCUUAUGCCUCGUUUAUAUGGUGCAUCUUUUAAUUUUGCCUCCUCCCAUCUACUCAGUCGUCUUCAUCACUGUUACAACUCCAGGUUGUCAGGAACAAGUGUGCACCAACAACAACAAGUGUGCAACAACAACAAGUGUGCACAGUUCUCAUGUCUGCUUAUCACUUGAGGAAGUAACUAAUCUCUGAGAAAAAAACCUUGUGUGUCAGUGUCAAUCUUUUUAAAAGUUAUGUCGAGGAAUAAGAUUAAAAAGCAAAACAGAAGGCAAUAACCUAUUGAUAUUAAUCUAAGAUUUUCAGGAUUGCUGCUCGCUAGAUGUUUUAGCAGUGUUGAAGAAAGUUCACCUGACUAUCCUUGUAUUGUGAAAAUAAAUAUUAAAUAACUAAAACCUUUUUCCAACGAGUGGAGUAUUAUUGUAAAGCUACGACACAUUAUUUCAUGUGAAGUUAUUUUAGUAAAUUAAUUAUUUAUUUUUGAGGACAGACACCUUUCUAAUAUGAUUGAUGUUUCUCAAAACCACCACAUAUAUUAUUAUCCAAAAUUUGUUUUACUUCAAAGAUAAUUUCAAACUUCUUAUACAACUAAAUAUACAAGGUGUUAACAGGGCCGGUUUAACCCAUACGCGAACUACGCGGCCGCAUAUGGCGCCACGAAAAAGUGGCGCCGUGGUGCCAACGGAACAUUUUUUUUACGUGAACAACGUAAUUUAAUUUUGUUUAUUUUUGCCCAGAGUUCAAGUAUUCAAAGCACCACAAUAAAGGCAUUUAUUCUGUUUGUACCAACAGCACUUUAAAAAUUUGUAUAUUUGUACAGCACUACAACUCAAGGACUCAAUGCCAUUUGCAGUUUCGAUUUGAAGUGAGCUUACGCAGACGCUCGGCAGUCGGCAGCGUAGCGCCAGCGCGGCACCUGUAGGUUUCAUUUCACGACUCGCUCACAAGUAACCACGCCACUUGUCACAACAAGAAACUUCUCCUUUCUUUCACUCCCUUCUGCCUCUGAUCCUAGAGCAGAGCAUUACGUUGUAUUGCACUCUUUUAGUUGUAUACGUAGGCCUAUACCGUAUCGGUGUCGUAUUGGCAUUGUUUUGAUGAUUCAUGAUUGUUGAUAAGC